UGGAAGGCUGGCCUCCCGCCUGGGUCGAGGGAGGAGGGGCCUGGAGGCCCGGGCUCGCCUGGGAACUUGGAUUCUUGGUAUGGUUGGCGAUUUGAGGAGUGUCUUGCAACUGACAUGAUUGGAAAAGUUUUUUUUUUUUAAACGUAUGAAAUGAAACCUCUACUUCAAUCCUCCUAGUGCAUACAGUCGGCAGUGUCAACAGUUCUCAUCCACAUGAGCAUGGGCUUCAUGAUCCUGGCCAUGAUCCUGUCUCUAGUCCUCCUCUUGGCCAUGGGCUUCUCCUUCCGGCCAGCGCUCCGCCGUCUUAACAAGACUGACCUCGUCUUCAGUACCCUCAGCUCCUUCACUGCCAACUGCGAGAUGCUCCAACCCAGGCCACACAUAUCCUACCUGGUGACCACCUACCUGAGCUGGGGUGCCGGCGCCUUGAUGCUGUGGGCCGGUGAGGGCGGGGUCUCGGCGGGGCAGGGGGUGGGGCUCGGGGCGAGCGUAGCAGGCAGGGCCUUGGACCGGACUGGGGUGGACCCCACGGGAGGUCAGCCUACAGGGACGGGCCGGGGCCUAGGGGGCCAUCUAGCACCCCCACUCCCGCCCCCAGGAAUCCUGAGCUACUUAAACUACAUGGGCAUGUGGGGCAAAGGGACGCCCUCCAUGGAACGGCGGAUGAGCUACCGCCGGUGGGCCUCGCUGCAGAGCACCCGGAAGUCCAUAUCCGAACCGUCGUCGGAUGCAGGGUCCAAGCACACCGAAGACCUGUCUGUUUAA